AACAACUGCUGUCCCGGAGUCAGUGCUGGAGCCUAAUAUAUGAUAGGGGAUGCACUCCAGGAGCUCCCAGCCGUGUAUUGUUCUCUCUGGAGCCUGAUCCACAGUAGCAGAAUGUCCCGGUGCUCUGGAUGGGAGGUCGCUCUCAACUUGCGCUAAGGCCAAUAUAUCGUUACACCAGAAAGCGAAGCGCGGUCGGAGAACAAGGAGGGAUAGGUAGAUAGAGGCAAAACUACUUGGACAGUAAACACGAGACAAUGCCGAUGAUAAAGAGACGGUUAAUGUGAAGGAGAGGACGCAUACCGACAGCCAAGAGAAACGGGUCUGCUCCUCAACUGGAGAUCAAUGGAAGCGAGGAUAACAUAUGGAUACGGCCGAUGUCUACGGGAUCGCGCUGUUGAUGUGUGAUGGCAGGUCGGACAUGCACGUUGUGCCGACUGAAACAGUGUGAGACCACAGAUGGACGCCCUGUGUAAUGGAGCCAAGAAACCUGAGGGCAGUGAUCCCGUUGUAGACCCCCGACCGCCUCCUGCCAAGCUGGCUCGACUGGAACAAAACGGAGCGGGACCCUCGGCCCAGGAGAGGAGCUGUCAGGGGAGUCCUGUGGCUAAAAACCCCUGCCUGGCCCAGAAACCCACCGCAGUGAGGCCACAGAGCAAGAGCUGGCACAGCAGAGGGAGCCUGCUGCCGGUGUUCUGUGUUGUGGAGCACAAGGAAACCCCCCAGGAGGGAGAGAGGAGAGAAGAACAUGCCGAGUUUGUGUUGGUCAAGAGAGAUCUGCUGUUUAAUCAGCUCAUAGAGAUGGCACUGUUGACACUGGGCUACUCACACAGCUCUGCCGCACAGGCCAAAGGUCUGAUCCAGGUGGGCAGGUGGAACCCAGUGCCUCUGUCCUGUGUGACAGACGCUCCUGAUGCCACCGUGGCUGAUAUGCUGCAGGAUGUUCACCACGUUAUCACCCUUAAAAUACAGCUGCACAGCUGUCCCAAACUGGAGGACUUGCCACCUGAGCAGUGGAGUCACUCCACGGUGAGAAACGCUCUGAAGGAGCUCCUCAAGGACAUGAACCAGAGCUCCCUGGCCAAGGAGUGCCCCCUGUCCCAGAGUAUGAUAUCAUCUAUUGUAAAUAGCACUUACUAUGCAAAUGUCUCAGCUGCCAAGUGUCACGAGUUUGGUCGAUGGUACAAGCACUUCAAGAAGACCAAAUGCUUCAAGGAGAUUGACAGCUUCUCUGACCCGUCCACACAUAUCACCCUCACCCAGCAGCCAAUCAAAAGUAGCCCGCCUGAUCAAAGCUCCACCCUUUUCUUCUCUCAUGGAGAAGUAGCCAACAUAUGUGGCCGUCCCCCGCUCGGCCUGCGCCCUCCCGGGUUGGUAACCCAGCCUCUCAGCUCUCAAAUGGUCAACCAGCAGCUGGUGAUGGCCCAGUUCCUCAACCAGCAAUACGCUGUUAGCCGCAUGCUAGCAGGCCAGGGUCUCUCACCAUCCCCGCAGCAGUAUCUCAACCACCCGCCUGUAGGGAGACCUCCUUCUGCCAAGGUCUUCUCGAAAGCUGCUGAUUCCCAAGGCCCGCAGCAGGGACAGUGUGGCCCAGGGGGAGGCCCUGUGGCCGGGCCGCAAACACAGACAUCGGCUGGGUCUUUUGUGGGGCCAACAGACGUGCCAAAUGACAUCUACCACUGUGUGAGGGAGGAACUAAAGAGAGCAGGCAUCUCCCAAGCCAUCUUUGCGCGGGUGGCCUUUAAUAGGACGCAGGGCCUGCUGUCGGAGAUUCUGCGGAAGGAGGAGGACCCUAAACACGCCUCUCAGUCUCUGCUGGUCAACCUGCGGGCCAUGUACAGCUUCCUGCAGCUGCCCGAGGCCGAGAGGGAGCGCAUCUACCUGGAGGAGAAAGACAGAAGCCUGACUGGUUUCACCCCAAGCUGCAAUAACACGCCACCAAGAUCCACACAGGCACGACUGUCCCCAGUUACAGGAGACAGAGGGCUGAGGACGGACAGUUGUGUUCUCAACGUCAGCGCCUCUAUCUACGAGGAGAUACAGCACGAGAUGAAGAGAGCCAAGGUGUCGCAGGCUCUGUUUGCAAAGGUGGCCGCCUCCAAGAGUCAGGGCUGGCUGUGUGAGCUGCUGCGUUGGAAGGAGGAUCCCAACCCAGAGAACCGGACCCUGUGGGAGAAUCUGUGCAUGAUCCGCCGCUUCCUCAGCCUGUCCCAGACUGAGCGAGAUGCCAUCUACGAACAGGAAAGCUGCAACACGACGGCACAGCAGCACUGCGCUGACAGGCUGACACUGCUCGGCAAUGACAAUACACUGUACCAACGCAACUCUCCUCUGCCACAGCAACACCAUCUUCAACCCCAUCAACCCCUGCAGCCCGAGGCAGGACCUCACCUGUCUCCACGGCAACCGUGUGCUGCAUCACCGGCCGAGUCCGAGGCUGGGGGCAACUGGGGGCAUGUGAGAGUGUGUGUGCAGGGCCGAGGCAGUAGCAAUGGUGAGAGAGGGGACAGUAAGGACUGGGUUGAGGGGGGGCGGGGAGAGAGGAGCACUUUGGGAGGUGACUGGGGUUGCACUGGCAGGUUGAGGGAGAAUAGUACAGAAAGCAAGGAGCAGGUGAGGGAUGGAAAUGUGGGUGAGGAAGGGAUUAAUGAGAUCAUUGGAGAUGGCAAAGAGGAGAAGGAAAAGCUCAUGAUGAAGUGGCCAGGCGUGAAGGAUGAGGAUCCAGGCAGGGCUGGGGUUUGUCCAGAGGCAGAUAAUGAGGUCCAAGGUGAGGGGUUAAGAGUGUCCCACGAAGCACUGGGAAUCUUGCAGAGCUUCAUUCAGGACGUGGGCCUCAACCCAGACGAGGAGGCCAUCCACACCCUGUCGGCUCAGCUGGGCCUGCCCAAGCACACCAUCCGAAGAUUCUUCAACAGCCAGGACCACGACCGGCAUCAACACGAGAGCCAGAGCCCAAAACAGAGUCGAGACGACCAGCACGGCCACACAAACCUCUCCCUGAAAGACAUAACUGCAGAGGCACAAGAGGAGGAAGGUGAUGGAAGGACUGAAACUGAGCAAAAGGAGGUGGAGGAGGAGAAGCAAACAGGGAGAAGUGAAGCGAGCGAGAUCACUGUUUUGAAAGAAUCGGAUGUUGGCACUCAAACUAUUAACGCUAUGAAAGAGGAGCAGGAGAGCUAAAUCGAACCCAAAUCCAUAUGAGCACUGACUCACAGCGUUUGGGUACUGGAGCGUAAUAAAUGUGUGUGUCCAGAAAUGCUGUGGAAAGACUAAACGCUGACUUAUUGUACAUGUUGAUACCACAGCUUAAAAGGAUGCUGGUGUUCAUACCCUGACAGUACACCUAAGCUUAGAGAGCCCUCCUGAGAGUUGAGCAUCCUUACUGCACUUGAGACAGAGAGUAACUGUGACUAUUAAGCGCGGAUAACACAUUGUGUCUGUGUCGAUAUAUGUGUCUGGGUGAAUGGGACCCAAUACAAAGAGCCUCAGAUUACAUAUCACUGUUAAAAAAUGAGUUGUGAGAAAUGUCCAUGCCAGAAAUGCCUUGUAGAAAGUGGCACUGCCAAUCUGUUUUUUUUAAUGAUAUGUAUCUUCAUUGGUUUUGUUUUUCUAUGGGUUUUUUUUAAUAGUGCUUUGUGUUUUGGUUCAGAUUUCAUAACUCAAUCUCACUCCUAACUAGUCAAAUACAGACGCUUGGUCAAUAGCCCUGUCAAACUAUGACACUAGUCCGUUUCGGAUGUUCAUGUCACGUGCAUAGUGUCUUUUCAAAAAAUACUUACAGGUAAUGUACAGUUUCUGCUUGUUAAAUGCAUGCAGUCUCUUUUUAAAAUAAACUUCGACUACACUUGCACUUCGUUUUUAGGUUAACCUCCUUAGCUUUAGGCAACAAAAGCAUGUGGUUAAGUUAAAGAAAAAUCCUGGUUUGGCUUAAAAUAAGUGUGUUUGUUACGAACAUAAUGUCACGUCACAUGACAUACCUCACUAGCAUAGUAGGCUACACAUAACCGCACACUACUUUGUUAUAAAAAUAACUCAACUGACUCUUAGUUUCACACGGGUAACAAACAGCGGACUCCCAGGUGAAAGCUUGAAGUUUCUUUGACCGCCCUUUGCCAACUUUCUUACUCUUUGCUUGGAGCAUUAAAAAGCUGCCACUAGGUGCUUCUGACAUCGUUCCGCUGCUAAAGGCUGCCUCCGUGUGUCGGUAUCUGACUCUGAGGGCUGCUGACGAAGGGUCACCAUUUGACGAAUUGGGAGUGAGACCGGGUUACACUGCUAUAUCUUACAUUGCUCUUGUUCAGGUUUGUCACAAUGUAAUAAAUAUCAAGUGUCCUCAUUCUGUCUUAAAAGAAUUUGUAAAUGAUAUAUAGCAUUAAGAAUAACCCUUUCAUAAAUGACAGGGCAUCCUUUGCAUUUUUUUUUUUACAGCAGUAUGUAAUAAAUCAACACAUGAAUCAAUGGAUAAGUUACCAAACUGAUCAACGUGUGGGCAUUUAAGAUGCCUCUCCUGCAAAUGAGUCAAUUUUUUUUUUCCAGUUUCUUAACUUUUACAGUUUUGUUGAGAUCUCCUGAACACAUCAUAGUUUACAUUCAGUGUUUCUAUUGAUGCAUGAAUCUGUAAAUCUCUCUCCCAAAAUAGCUGUGUUAUUUUGGUGUGAGUGUUAUGUUUACACAUCUUGUGGUUGUCAUAUUGUACUGAUUUACAUACUGUAGCAGAGCACAAAAUGUGCACAAUGUUUAAUGUUGAUGAAAGGGAGAUUGUGGGCUAGAAAUAUAAGGCUGAAGCCAUGUAGCGUGUACAUGAAAUGUUGAAAUGUUGAAAUUAAAUGAUAGCGCUGUCAUUUGUAAAAACAAAAAAAAAAGAGUCAUUCAUAAUUGUACUAUAUGUUCAUUAUCUGUUGUAAGCAUCUGAUCUUAAAGCUGGAUUUUUCUUUUUAAUUUUAUAAACAAUCUGAGGGAGAGUAAUAAAAAUGUGUGUUUUAUGAGAGUCCAGAAGCCUGGAUGAUAAAACUUUUUUUACCCAAACAGCAACACAUGAUGUUUCUCACCAGGAAACCCAGAUCAUAAACAUCAUGUGAGAGAAUCUGUGGAACCACACAGACGUAGCGGGGAAGGCAUCAUGAUUCUGACACAAAUAAAGAUGGUUGUUUUCCUCCUAAGCAGCAGAUAUAUCAGCAGAUGACAGUUUGGACUUUGUCAAUAUUUAUUUGGGAUGUGUUUGCAAUGUAUAGAAUAGAAUUUGAGGACAGUGUGUGAGAUUUAUCGUGCCAGAAACAAGUAAAUAAGAGAUGAAGCUCAUUUAUCAGACUGCUAUUUUUAGACGCACAGAGGCCUGCUGUGAAAGACCCAUUAAAGAUUAAAUCAACGGUUCUGAUGUCCACUGUCUGUGCUGGUGUUAGAGA